GCCCCGGACGCCAAUGGAGGCUCCAGGUCCAGCAGCAGUCUACCUCGCAAAGCCCUCCCCCUACUUAUCCGGGGCGGGGGCGCCGAGCCAAGCCCGGAAGCCGCCCGUCUGCCUCCCCCGCUCCAUAAAAGAGAGCCGGGGGGGCCCGGUUGCUGCUGCUGCUGCUGCUACUGCUGCGAGGGCGGCCCCGCUUCCUCCAUGGGCGCUCGCUUGGCUCAUUCCCCGCUCGCCGCCUCGGCGCUCGACUUCUCCCGCCUGGCCGCCCGGCUGAGCGCUUCCGCCUCCGCAGGCGCCGCAGUGGCGAGCCGAGCGCAUGGAUCGCGGGCGGGAGGAGGAGGAGGAGGAGGCGGCGGCAUGAUGGCGGCGGCGGGAGCGGCGAGCUCGUCGGCCUCCGCCUCUUCUUCCUCGGGCCUGGCCGGCGGGCGAGCGCCGCGGCGGACGGCGGGGAACCGGCUCUCGGGGCUGCUGAACGCCGAGGAGGAGGACGAGUUCUACCAGACCACCUACGGGGGCUUCACCGAGGAAUCGGGCGACGAUGAGUACAAAGGGGACCAGUCGGACAGCGAGGACGAAGUGGACUCCGACUUCGACAUCGACGAAGGGGACGAGCCCAGCAGCGACCAGGACGACUCGGUGCCCAAGAGGAAGAGGAGGGUGGUCACCAAGGCCUACAAGGAACCCAUCAAAAGCCUGAGGCUGAAGAAGCCCGAUGUCCCGGCCAGCAGCUCGCAGAAGACCAGAGAGGACAGAUCGGCACCUGCAGAACUGGAAGACACAGUGGACAGCCGGAAAUACAUGCGCCAGUCGACCACCGAGCACACCCGCCAGACGUUUCUGCGCCUCCAGGAGCGCCAGGUGCAGUCUAGGCGCAAGAAGGGGGGAGGACCCAGCUACGACCGACCCCUGACCCAGGAAGAGCUCCUGAGGGAGGCCAAGAUCACCGAGGAGCUCAACCUGCGCUCUCUGGAGACGUACGAACGCUUGGAAGCGGAUAAGAAGAGGCAGGUGCAAAAGAAGCGGAAAUGCACAGGGCCCACCAUCCGCUACUAUUCGGGCACGAUGCCCCUCAUCUCUGACCUGGGAUACAAGGAGGAGAACGUGGACGUGGAGGGGUUAGAGCAGGAGGGUCUCCUGGAGACCCCCUCGGCCGCUGCGCCUGCCGCAAAAUGCUCCCGCACCUUCAUCACCUUCAGCGACGACGAGACCUUCAGGCGCGUCUUCCCCAGAGCCCCGCCCCCCAAGCUCCCCGUCAAGGAGAUCUGCCCCGUCAGCCACAAGACCGCCGUCUACCGCGACCCCGUCACCGACAUCCCCUACUCCAACAUCCGCUCCUUCAAGAUCAUCCGCGAGGCUUACAAGAAGUACAUCACCGCCCACGGACUGCCCAGCGCGGGCGCCUCGGCGGCCCUGGCUGCUGGCUCCCCCAUGCCCGACCCCGGCAUCCGGCCCACCAGGCAGAAAAUCAUCAUCAAGCAGAGCGUGCCAGCCCCCUGAAGCCCCUUCGUGGAAGAGCAGCACGGACACCGUUUCUUGGCCUGUUUGGGGUCGUGCUUUCUAGGCAGUUUCUGGACCAGUUCAAGAGGGGACCGCAGCUAAAAAUAAAUAAAUAACCCACACCCACCCACUGCAUUUGCAAUCUGUGGUGGAAACAGGGCCCAAAAUGUUUCUUUUUUAUUUCUGGUUCCUUCUUCUCUAAUUUUCCAUCCCAGAGUGAAAACAGGGCCCAAAAUGUUUCUUUCUUCCUGUCUGUUUCUCUGGUUAUCCAGAUGGUGGAACGGCUCCUGAGCACAGGCAGAGCUUCUGGUCUGUCACCAACAAACCGGACAUGAGCCACGAUAGCUUUGUGCCAGCUAAUUCGCAAUUCCACAACAGGGCACUGAUUCUUUCCUCGAACAUCUCGUCAGGUUUUUGUUUCUGUUGUGACUUUCGGUUAUUAUUUAUUUUCUGUCCUUUUUGUGUCCCGCCUGGGACGGUUGUUGAGAGCGGUUCCUUCACUCUGCUGGGAAAUUCUGCCUCCCUCCAGUCUUGCAGGCCGCACAGAAAAGGGAUUGCGUUGGAGGGAGGCCGGAUCAGGGCAGGGGAAGCUGUAAUCCCAGCCGUGGCUUGAUCUUCAUUUGCUAGUAUCUCUUUUCUUAAAAAAAUAAAAUAAAA